AACAAAGAUAUAACACAACACAAGUUGCCCAGGAUCUCGACUGAGGCUGUUGUCAUGAGUCUUAAACAAGCCUGCAUCUUUCUCAGAGGAGGAACCCGGAGACAAACAAGAGCUCUUACACAUGAUGAGAUUGAAGAGCUGCGUGAAGCUUUUGUAGAGUUUGAUAAAGACAAGGAUGGUUUCAUAACCUGUAAAGACCUGGGGAACCUGAUGAGGACCAUGGGUUACAUGCCAACUGAAAUGGAGCUUAUCGAACUGAGCCAGAACAUCAACAUGAAUUUAGGGGGACGGGUGGACUUUGAAGAUUUUGUGGAACUAAUGACCCCCAAGCUUCUGGCUGAAACUGCAGGGAUGAUUGGGUUGAAGGAACUUAAAGAAGCAUUUAGAGAGUUUGAUAUAGACGGUGAUGGUUCUAUCACUUCCGAGGAGCUGAGACAUGCCAUGAUAAAGCUAUUAGGAGAACACACCAGCAAAAAUGAAAUUGAUGCAGUGGUCAAAGAAGCUGACAACAAUGGGGAUGGAACAGUUGACUUCGAGGAGUUUGUGAAAAUGAUGUCGCAGAAAUGAGGACAACAGAAUGAAUGGAUGGCUGUGAAUGGAGAGGAUGUAUUUUUUAUUGAAUUUUAUUCUGAUGAUAGCCCACUGCUUACGCAUAAUUUUACCUUGUUUUCCUUCCUUUGUUCUUUUUGUAAAAAUUGAUGAAUGUAAAAUUUCUGAAAUUUGAACCUGUCUCACAGAGCAGUGAGUGUCAACGUCAAUGUCAGCUGUUUAAAGGGGAAGAACUGAUAAAUAUAUCAAAUUAAAGGUGUCUGCACAGUCCAGUUAAGCAUGUCAGCAGAAAGUGGAGCACAGAGAGCAAGUCUAAACAAGUCUUUUAGUCGUUAUGUUAUUUAGAUGCACUGAAAACCUGAGUCACAUGUGAAAUGAGGCACUUUGCUUUUGACUUACAUGUUGGAUAUAUGUGUGUGCGUGUGUGAUAUGAGUUUCACAUUCUGGAUACUGCCAUCAUUUUUCCCUCAAUAAGUACAAGCACAAGUACAGGUGAACUG